UUAAAGCGAAGGGUUGAGAUUGCGGUGACUGUGGCUUCGUAUCACAUACCACAUCCAUAUUAUUCGAAGCCAUAGAGUGACAUAGCUCUAUAUUUAUAGGUAUUCGAAUUGGUAUAGCCAAUCAACUAAUCAGCUGAAAUCGCUGGUAUCACAACAUCUAUUACGUAGUAUUUGGCUAUGAUACUGCCUUGCUAGGGGGCAUUGCCAGUGUUUCGCUUUAGGUACUCGGCCCCCAAUAUACCAUCAAGGCAUUAUCAGAUCCGUCGAAUAACUCUUAAGAUUCACACAUUCUUAUAUUAAACCCUGCCUAGACAUAAUUACACCAUUCUUCUCUAAGAAAUGAGAUAUAACAUAUCAUAUUUUGUAUACUUACACUACUUCUCCAUACCAUCUCACCACCUACCACUUAUAGCACAAUGCCAUCACAGCCUAUGAACAACGAAACUAGAAUGCACAUGCCUAUUGAUCAUAGUCAAUCUACGGACGACGAAACGCCAAGCCCAAGAAGCAGCUUAACGGUGGGCUACAAUUCAGAAAGCAGCCGCGCAUCGGCGGGUAUAUCCCUUCUCACGCCGUCAGAACAAACCAUCAGAAGCCGUAGAUAUUUAUCUCAUGGGGAAGGUAUUCAAGCCAAUAUCAACCACAGCCCAACCCCGGACCUAAACCCCCAAAGAUCAAGCGAUUCGGAAAACAUACCCAAAGAGGACAAAGUUGCAUCAAAACCAAAAGUAGAGCGUCUAAGCACGAUUGCCUCUUGGUGGUGGUGGUGGGAAAUAGGAGGCUCAGUUCUAAGUCUCAUUAGCAUAAGCUUGAUUAUUCCUGUGUUGAAACAGGUUGACGAUCAACCAGUUGAAAUGUGGCCAUAUUCUAUCCGACCAAACUCUAUGAUAGCUAUUCUCACCACGAUCACCAGAACAGCGAUGAUGAUUCCUAUAGCGUCUUGCCUCAGUCAGCUCAAAUGGGGCCAUUUUCAGUGUCGAGCCAACCCACUCCAUCACUUACAGCUCUAUGACGAUGCAAGUCGAGGGCCAUGGGGUUGUUUCUUAUUGCUACUCACUGGCCGCCUCAAAGCUGUUACAGCAUGGGGAUUGGCUCUAGUUACAUUGGUUGCACUAGCUAUCGAGCCGACAGCCCAGCAGAUGCUAGAGCAGCAGAGCAGGCAGGCACUCUUAACAAACGUCACGGCCCAGAUAGGACGAGCUGGUAAUUAUACGUCAAAGGCUAUAUGGUCUAAUUCGAUACAGGGUUACGGAGGUCCGCGUGAUCCAAAUCCCGACUUAUUGAAGCUUCAGACGACUAUUGCGAACGGUGCCGUAGGCUCUGUGCAGGAAGUUAACUUCUAUUGCCCCGAGCCAGCUGCGAAGUGUACUUGGGAUCAAUUCGACACAUUAGCGGUCUGCGCUAGCUUUAAAGACGUUACCAAUAUUGUUAACAAGACCUGCCAAUCCGGCAGGUAUCAAUAUGUGUGCACAUUCGAAUUCCCCGAAGGAGAGCCCAUAGAGAUGGCAUGGCGCGGGGGAAACGGGGGCGGCUCGCUAUUCAACACGUCGCGAGCCUGGAAUAACUUAGACGGUGUUAUAGAAGGUGUGCUAAAUGGUGUUAACAAUACGGAUCGGUACGGUGGGAUCACAUUCACGAAUGCUGAGGCUUUUACGAUUACCUUGGAUUUCUGCGUCAGGACAUACCACGGCGUUGUUGCAACGCCCGCCGGGAUCCAAGAGGCUAAUUAUACCACCGAAAAGCUCCUCAGCUAUGACUGGUCUCAAGAGGGAGCGGGAAAUCCGUCCCUUUAUUUCACAUACGACACGUUCCGCACAAACUCCUCUAGGGAACUCUUUAACAUAAGCGUCUCCUUGCGAACCGGGCUCUUCGAAUACGUCAACAAGCUCUUCUCGACAGAUCUAACUUCGCCCCUAACAGACGAAGCCGCCAACGCGGACUUCAGCUUCGGCGAGUUUAUGUACCACACGAACCUCACUAAUUUCACCAAGAACAUCGAGGACACUCUCACGAACCAGAUACGCAGCUCCGCACCCGGCGAUAACAGAGACGCCCUGAUGUGGCCCGGCCAGGCGUUCCACCAGGAGACGUACUGGCGCGUCCAUUGGCCGUGGAUCAUCUUACCGGUGGCCGAGGUCCUUAUAACAGCGGUGCUGCUUUCCGUCUCCAUCGUGUUGACUAGGAACCAACCCCUGCUCAAGUCUUCGCCGCUAGCUCUGCUCUUUCACCCUCUUGACGGCUAUGAGGGGGAUGAGCCGGUGCAUAGUAUGAGAGAAAGCAUUGGUAAGUUAGAGGAGCUUGCGAAGGGGGUUUAUGUGGAAUUUAGAGAGGAUGGCCAUGGCUUGUUGAAGUUUUUCCCGGUGGAGGAUAGGGGGUCGGCGAAUUAGAUCAUGCUAUUGCCCUCUUAAAUUAUAUAUAUAUACACAUACCUGACCUAGAAA